GCAGUUGUCCCCGGUGUCCCCCUGCAGGACCAUGUCCCCGUCCAGCAGCAGCUGUGUCUCUGCUCGUCUUCAGGCUCACUUCCUGACAUGAAGGACUGAAGUUUGAGGACACAGCGCCCCCCGCUGGACCCCCACCGCCGCCGCAGGCCAUGGCCGAGCCCAGCUACUCCGACCUGAUCGCCAAACACUACAACUACACGGGCAAGUUCCGCAAGACGCAGCAGGACUCGGGCCUGAAGGCCGACUCGGUGGUCUUCAUCAUCGUGUGCUGCUUCAUCAUCCUAGAGAACGUCCUCGUGCUCGCCACCAUCUGGAGGACCAAGAAGUUCCACAAGCCCAUGUACUACUUCAUAGGGAACCUGGCGCUGUCCGACCUGCUGGCCGGCGUCGUCUACACCGCCAACAUCCUGCUGUCGGGCGCCAACACCUACAAGCUGACGCCCACGCAGUGGUUCUUCAGGGAGGGCAGCAUGUUCGUGGCGCUGGCGGCGUCCGUCUUCAGCCUGCUCGCCAUCGCCAUCGAGCGCCACCUCACCAUGCUGAAGAUGAAGCUGCACAACAACGGCAACACGUGCCGCGUCUUCCUGCUCAUCAGCACGGUGUGGAUGAUCGCGGCGGUGCUGGGCGGCCUGCCCGUGAUGGGCUGGAACUGCAUCGCCGCUAUGACGAGCUGCUCCACCGUGCUGCCGCUCUACCACAAGACCUACAUCCUGUUCUGCACCACCGUCUUCAGCAUCAUCCUCAUGGCCAUCGUGGCGCUCUACGCACGCAUCUACACACUGGUACGCACGCGCAGCCGCAAGCUUGUCUUCCGCAAGGUGACCAACGGCCGCGGUGGCGCCGGCGCCAACAUCAAGAGCUCAGAGAAGUCGAUGGCGCUGCUGAAGACUGUCAUCAUCGUGCUGAGCUGCUUCAUCGCCUGCUGGGCACCGCUCUUCGUCCUUCUGCUGUUGGACGCCGCCUGCGAGACGCUCAGCUGCCCGAUCCUCUACAAGGCCGAGUGGUUCCUGGCGCUCGCCGUGCUCAACUCCGCCAUGAACCCGCUCAUCUACACGCUGACCAGCAACGAGAUGCGCCGCGCCUUCCUCAAGACGCUGCUGUGCUGCACCGCCUGCGUCCGGCCCCACGCCAAGUUCACGGGGCCCAUCAUGGGGGCCGAGUUCAGCCGCAGCAAGUCGGAUAACUCCUCCCACCCCAACAAGGAGGAGGCCGAGUACUCGCCACGGGAGACGACGGCGGUGUCCUCGGGACACGUCACUUCCUCGUCCUAAACGAGUCUUAACAAGUCAUAUGUAGAGUUUGUGUUUGUACGUGAAACGUGUGUGAACGGCGCCAGGUGGUGUCUUCACAGACCAAUCACAACCCUCAGCACUUCCAGAGACUCAAAGACUGGACCCAUGACCCCCCCC